CCCGGCUGAAGAAUAAGACCAUGGAGGAUAUUGUCACCCGGUGGGCUUCAGACCUGUCCAAAUACCAGAAGCAGUUCAAGGACCAGGCUACCGUGGUGUCCAACUGGGACAGAAACCUGGUGGACAACGGUGAAAAGAUCCAGAAGCUGUAUCUGGACACUUUUGAAGCAGAGCGGGCCAGCCAUGAGAUUGAGCGCCAACUCGCUGCUGUAGAGAGCCAGCAGGAGGAGCUGGAGGCCUGGCUGAACCGUUACGAGUCAGAAGUCCAGGACAUGUUUGCUAAGCAGAUGGGCCCUGGCGAGCAACUUGGAGGACCUGACCAAGAACGCGAGCGCACCUACAAGCUUGCGGAGAAGCUCACCCAGCAACUCGAUGAGAAGUCGCGAGACUUGUCCAAGAUGGUCAAGGAGAUUAACGACAUCUCGGGAACUUUGAGCAAGGGAACCAAGGCUGAGGACCCGCUGAGCCAAAUUGUCCGCGUGCUCAACAGCCAUCUUACGCAGCUGCAAUGGAUCGAUGCCAACUCGUCAGCCCUGCAAGCCAAGGUCACGGCAGCGCAGAAAUCCAGCAGCAAUAUGGGUAGCCACUACGGAAGCGGAGAGAGCGAUGUGGCGGAGAGCUUCUAUAGAUCUUACAUGGGACGGAGGUGAAGCAUUCAUUGGACAUUGGUGAUUGAAAUUGGAGUUCCGGGAUGGUAUCAGGAAAGAAUGAAUCUAAUAAAGGCUUUUUUUUUUUU